UGCCUUUAGUCUUCAUUCACGUAAAAGAGAAGGCACAACCCCUAGAUUCAAUUCUAUUCAACAUUUUUAAUAAACAGUAUUUUAUCAUUGGGUUGUCUGAAUUGUAACAAGAGAAAUGUUUUCAAAAGCAGGUUUCAUCUUUAUCGCAUUUGCUAGUGUGACGGUUCAAUGUAUCAAGCACGAAAAUCUCAUCAUUGCUGUUGGUGAUGAACUCGAAUUUCUCACUGAUGGAAGCUCGUACCGGACGUUGACGUUGGAUUCUUAUAACGCAACGAAACUGUCGGCUCUCGCCUACGACGCCACAACACGAAGACUCUUUUUCUCCGACCUGCGUCAUCGUCACGGCCACAUAUUCAGCGUGAGUCUGGACGAAGAAUCCCGCCGACCAGUUGAAGACAUUGUUGAAAGGAAUAAUAAUGAAAGUGUUGAUAGCUUAGCCUACGAUCCUGUGACUAAAACGCUGUUAUGGACGGAUGGGAUCAAUCGAUCCAUCCGUCGCUUCCAAAUCGAUUACGAGCACGUUCACAUAGACGAAAAGGAUGGCAUAGAAAUCGUGCACUUCUUGGAAAAUGAUGCUAAUCCUCAAGGUUUAGUGUCUGACCCUUGCACGAGGAUGUUGUACUGGACAAACAUUCACAGUGAUCGUCCGUCUAUCGAGCGUUCGCUUAUCAACGGAACCCAGCGUGAAAUUAUACUUUAUUCAGAUUUAUUGCUACCAAACGCAUUCGAUGUGGACGUUGUUGACCAAGUGAUUUACUGGGCAGAGGAUCUUAAAAACGGACACUUCCGCAUUCAAAGAAGCUCUGUCGACGGAAGUGAAACACACAUUUUCUAUCAGGGCAUUGGCGAUUUCAUCGUCAGUUUAACGGUGGGAGAUCACUAUAUCUAUUGGAGCGAUUACGGCCAUAAGAAGCUAUGGUCUCUCCGGAAGGAUGGGUCAUCUGCACGCCCCAUAAUCCUCCGUACUUUUCGCAAUCCAGCGAUGGGUGUGGCAGUGUUUCGUCACCAGCCUUUGAACUGCAGCUUAAUUAUGUCAAACGUUCAUCAUCAGGAACUUGCCAUGGAAAAUGACUCGCUAAUUGUAACGUUAAUGAUCCUUACAUCGCUUACGAUCGUGGCAGCCGUUGCCAUCUUAAUCUUUCGGUUCGGACGGCUAAUCGGCUGUGCCCUACCAUUCUCCUCCAAUAAAACAGAAGGCACUUUUGCGUUCCAGAGUUUUCAGAACCCCGUUCCUAAUAACACGUACAAAAUGUGUGAAAGAGUGAUAUAGUGGCUGUCCCCCAGUAUUUAUCAUAACUGUACUGUUCAUGUCGAUAUUGUAAAGUAAUCUGAUUCUCAUUCACAAAUUUGCGAGUUUUUAAAUAAAUACAUCGUUAAAAAACA